AUGGGAGGCUACCUGGUCGGACGUGCCUUAUGCUUCGAGCAUCGGUGUGCGGCUGCCAUCGUCAACGACGGAGUGUACGACUUUGGCAGUGCUUUUCAUAUCCAAAACCCUGCCCUUGGCAAAUUCUUGAUCCAGAAUGGCUGGGAUAUCACGAUGAAUGCACUCAUGUACCAGAUGAUGCGUUGGGACACGGGCUUCAAAUGGGUUAUUAAGAACGAAAUGUGGGCAUUUGGUGUUCACUCUCCGGUCGAGGUGAGGCGCUGUGUGAAAGUAUACACGCUGGAGGGCUUAGUUGACAACAUCAACACACCGUUGCUGGUUUUGGAUGCGCUGGAGGACCAUUUCUUGAAAGGUCAACUAAAAGCGUUGUUCGACAGGCUGCUAUGCGAGAAGGAGUCUGAACAGUUUACGGAGGAAGAGGGGGCGACUGCGCAUUGCCAUAUGGGUUCCCUAACCAGGCUGAACCAGGCGAUCUUCGACUAUCUACUUCCGCGAGUGCUGAUUCGAAUAGUAUGGUAUUACAGGAUGUGCAUUUUUGCUCUUUGCAUCCUAUCGAAGAAGAAAUAG